AUGUCUGGCUUACAACCGACAAACUCUGCACAGUUGUGAUCAUCUUCGAGAAGUAACAACAACUAUUACUGUUAAUUUAUAUAUUAAAUACGAAAUUUUUAUUUAUUUAUUUAUUUAUUACUGAGGUUUUUUUUUAACUGACUCAUCAUGCGCUUGAUAUUACCGUUAAUCCUGUGUGCCUUUAUAAUAAAAUUAAAGGCGGAAUCAGUUCCCACAAUAAAUGGAUUGCCGCCACUGAAGCUGGAUAAAAAUUUACGCCGGGCUUUAUUGCGCGCGUUGGAAGAUUUGGAAGCUGAGUCGGCUGAAGACAGGUCGGAUAUACCGACAGCUGAGCAGCUGGUUCUUAAACUACAAUCCCAAGUCAGUGAAGAACAAGAUAAUUUAGAACAAGAUCGUAGUCAAGAACAAGAGAAAGAAGAAAACAAUGAAACUACGCCGUUAUCAGAACGUUUUAAAGGCGCGUCGAUAACUUACGAUGAAUUUCCCGGUGACUCUGAAGACAUAAAUGAAGAAAAGUUACAAAAUUCAACAUUUAUUGAGACAGAUAAAUACCAAGCGGAUGCGCCGAGUUCGGAAGAAGUGAAAGCGGAAAAAGGCAGAGAAUUAAAUAAAAAGUUCGAUGUGUUGUUGGGUGAUCAGGCGGUGAUUGAAAAAUCACCAGAGCCGCUACAAGUAGAGCAAAUAGAAACGCGUAGUGUUAAAUCAAUUGGACACUCAGCAAACAGAAUACAAAAUUCAUUCAAACCAAUCGCCAAAGACAUUAAUAAUCACAAUAACAAUAAUGAUAAUAAAGAGACACUGGCAAUAAGUUCAAGCAACGGAAUAGCAUCUGCGUCAGCUAAUUCACUUAUAUCACCUAGUCCAACGGUGUCCAGUCCAACGGCACGUCCAGCUAAGAAUACAUCGGCAGCUUUGUUACCCACAGUAGCGGCUGAAACUGAAAAUAAAAGCAAAGAAAAGUCCGAGGUUAAAAUAUUCCAGGCACCGCUUGUUGCGGCUUUCACUGUCCAGCAAGACGAACGGGGCGUUCCUAAAAGUGUGGUACCUAUUUACAAGCCAGACGGCAAUGGCCAGGCUUUGACUUUGCAAGAGCAAUUGGAAUUCAAACAGCAAUUGCUGGAAAAACAAUUGGCGGAGCUUCAAGCCCAGCAGAUACAGCAAACCCAGUUUUUAAUCCGACAGCAGCAGUUGUAUCAAGAGCAGCAGCGACAAAAACAGAGACAAUUUUAUCUUGCGGAACAAGCGAGGCUGAAAUUGUUGGAGGAACAAAAAAAUAAUCAAUUGAGUUCCUUACAACAACAACAACAACAACAACAACAGCAGCAGCAACCACUGGGUUUACAACAACAGCAACAACAUUUGACUCUUCAACAUCAGCAGCAGCAACAACAACAACAAUUGUCGUUUCAACAGCAACAACAACAGCAACAAUUGUCUCUUCAACAACAUCAGCAACAGCAGCAACUGUCUCUUCAGCAACAACAACAACAGCAGCAGCAGCAACAGCAAUUGCCGCAACAACAACCUCUAGGUGCUUUCAGUCAAAAUCUUCAGACACUUCAGUUGCCUUCGAAGAACUCAAACGUUCAAUUCCAAGCUAGUCUCGGAUUCCAGGUGCCCCAUGCAGCCCCAUCUCCACCCUUCCAAUCAAAUAUUCCAGAGCCAUUGCGGACUCAACAGCUGCCGCUCCAGAGUCAACUGAAGCAAAACUUUAAUCACAAUCAUAACAGCAAUAAUUUAUCACCGCAGCAGUCAUUCCUGAGGGCUCAAGACCAGCGACUGAAUGUCCAAAGCUUUCCGUCGGUGUCUGUAGACUUUCAGCCGCCGGCAGUAUCAACUUCCGCGAGAUUUAAUCGGCAAGAAGCUUUGGGAUCUGUGGGUAACUUCGGCAUAAAUGACAACCGACAGCAGACCCGCAAUCAUUUAGUGUUUGAUUUACCGCGACCCGAUUCGCGAUUCGUGCCUUUCAAUCAAUUCUCCUCCUUCAGGCAGCCGGUCCACAGGCCCACUCCCGCACGGCAAAUUCAGCAGCUUCUCUUCCAAUCUGGGGUCGCUGGGGAGCUAGGCCGCGGUCAUGGCGCACCUGGAAACCAAGAAGAUUUGAAUAUCGUAUCCAAAGUCUUGGCUCUCAACGUCGGCGCAUUGCCUUCGAAAAAUUUAAAUUUCAACGACAAUUUCUUCGGUCGCGCGUGAAUUUAAAAUACGUCAUCUUCUUAAUGUUACUUCCUCAAUGUAAGUUUCAGUACAUCAUUAAAUUUCUCAAAUAAUUUAAUAAUAAACAUAAACAUAAAUGCCAGUAACUUGUGUGAAAGCAAACGUGAACUUGUCAUCAAAAUUUCUCUUGC